AUGGGCCUCCUGACCAUCCUGAAGAAGAUGAAGCAGAAAGAGCGGGAGCUGCGGCUGCUCAUGCUCGGCCUGGACAACGCCGGCAAAACCACGAUCCUCAAGAAGUUCAACGGAGAAGACAUCGACACCAUCUCCCCCACCCUGGGCUUCAACAUCAAGACGCUGGAGCACCGGGGAUUCAAGCUGAACAUCUGGGAUGUCGGCGGCCAGAAGUCCCUGCGGUCCUACUGGCGGAACUACUUUGAGAGCACGGACGGCCUCAUCUGGGUGGUGGACAGCGCCGACCGCCAGCGCAUGCAGGACUGCCAGCGGGAGCUGCAGAGCCUGCUGGUGGAGGAGCGCCUGGCAGGAGCCACCCUCCUCAUCUUCGCCAACAAGCAGGACCUGCCGGGCGCACUGUCUUCCAACGCCAUUCGGGAGGCCCUGGAGCUGGACUCGAUCCGAAGCCACCACUGGUGCAUCCAGGGCUGCAGCGCUGUCACCGGGGACAACCUGCUGCCCGGCAUCGACUGGCUGCUCGACGACAUUUCCAGCCGCAUCUUCACAGCCGACUGA